ACCCCAAACCACUUCACUCAUUUCAUCAUCUCAUUAUCGCUAACAAAACCCUAGUUUGUUUUCUCUAUAGUUCUCUUACAUAUAUACACACUCAACUUUCAAUAAAAGAUGGGCUGCUCCAACCAAACACACAUUAUUCUUUUUCUCUGGGUUGCUAUGGCUACCACAUUGGCUCGAGGUCAAGGCACUCGAGUCGGGUUCUAUAGCACGUCGUGCCCUCGAGCUGAAUCCAUAGUUCAGUCGACCGUUAAAGCCCAUUUCCAAUCCGAUGCCACGGUUGCACCGGGGUUGCUUAGAAUGCACUUCCAUGACUGUUUUGUCCAAGGGUGUGAUGCUUCAAUCCUCAUUAAUGGCCCUUCCACAGAGAAAACGGCUGGCCCGAAUCGUCUGCUCAGAGGAUAUGAAGUCAUUGGCGAUGCGAAGAAGCAGCUUGAAGCUGCAUGCCCCGGUGUUGUCUCGUGUGCUGAUAUUUUAGCCCUUGCCGCCCGUGAUUCUGUAGUUCUGAGCAAUGGAGCGAGCUGGGCUGUGCCUACAGGGCGGAGAGAUGGGCGGGUUUCAUUGGCAACUGAUACAAACAAUUUGCCAGGUUUCACAGACUCCGUAGCCGUCCAAAAAAGCAAAUUUGCUGCAAAAGGUCUCAACACUCAAGAUCUUGUCGCGCUUGUUGGAGGACACAGCAUUGGAACUUCAGCUUGCCAAUUCUUCAGCUACAGGCUCUAUAAUUUCACAACCACUGGUGGUGCUGACCCUUCCAUCGCCCCGGCAUUCCUCCCUACUCUCCGAUCACUCUGUCCGCAAAAUGGCGAUGGCACGAAGCGCGUGGGACUAGACAACGGUAGUGAUAAGAAGUUUGACACAUCAUUCUUUACCAAUUUGAGGAAUGGCCGAGGAAUACUGGAGUCUGAUCAGAAAUUGUGGACCGAUGCUUCUACAAAGACAUUUGUCCAGCGAUUCUCGGGUUUGAGCUUCAAUGUGGAGUUUGGUAAGUCCAUGGUGAAGAUGAGUAACAUCGGUGUGAAGACUGGCACUGCUGGUGAGAUUCGCAAAGUGUGCACUGCAAUUAAUUAGCUGAUGAUCAUCACAAUUUUAUACCCUCGUGGAGUUACAAAAGUGACUUGCAAGUCGUAAUACUUAACCAGCAUAAGCCGAUGAUUUUAAUUUUUGUUAAUAAUUGGACGUUAGCUAAUAAUGUGUCAAUUCUUUCAAAGAAGGAAUGAAAUUCUAAUUUACGAGUAAAUUUUGUUGAUCCGUACAUUUUGGAUGAUGGUUUAACACUUGUAUUCAAAAGUAAAGAGGACAAAAUGAAGAAAAAAUGAACUGGAUGUGAUGUCAACUUCUUGCAUUUUUAUUUGAUUUAAAGAGUGGAUCAAUUGGAAGUGAUGUGAUCAACUUCGAUCUUACCAUGCAAUUUGAAUUAAUCUAAUAAGGCUAGUCUACUCAUA